GCCUGAACACAAAAUUGACUUGUAGUUUGGUGUGCUAAGGAAACACUUCAUAAUAUAUGGUGACUUUCUGCACUGGGAAACAUGCAAAACCCCAGUGCGCAUGAAAACACAGACUUGCAGCCCCAGCCGCCUCCUGAGGAGCAGAAUUAUGGAGCUACUGCAACACAUGUGAGACAAGGUCCAUUUGUGUCUGUGUCAAGGAAUGAUCCAGCAAAGAGAGAUUACCUGAUAGCUGCUGUGCUGUGCUAUGCGAAUUUAAUAAAUUUCAUGGAUUGGUUCAUUGUACCAGGGAUCCUGUUAGAUUUACAGAAAUCCUUUGAGCUUAGCGAUGGGGAUACAGGUCUACUGCAAACAGUCUUCAUCUUGUGUUACAUGCUGGCUGCCCCCAUCUUUGGAUACCUCGGGGACCGGUACAAUAGGAAAAUCAUCCUUGGAGCUGGUAUUUUCUUCUGGUCUGGUGUAACAUUAGGCAGUUCAUUCAUCAGUGAAUUGUAUUACUGGAUAUUCUUUCUUUCACGAGGACUAGUUGGCAUUGGCACGGCCAGUUAUUCCACAAUAGCACCUACCAUCAUUGCAGACUUGUUUGAAGAAGGAAGAAGGACCACAAUGUUAUCUAUCUUCUAUAUCUUCAUUCCAGUGGGAAGUGGUCUUGGUUAUGUCCUAGCAGCUGGCAUGGCAGAUAUCACAGGUGACUGGCACUGGGCAUUCAGGAUAACUCCUUGCAUGGGAGGUCUAGCACUGGUUCUUCUGAUUCUACUGGUCCCUCACAGGACCCAGAGAAGGACAGCACCCCACAGAGCACUGAGCAUCUCUGGCACAAUACGAGUAGCAGCUGAGAAACCAGGUGUACAGAGAACUGCCAAGACUACUUGGUGUCAAGAUGUCAUAUCACUUGCCAAGAAUUGGAGUUUUGUCUGGUCCUCGCUGGGUCUGACUGCCAUGGCUUUCGUUACUGGAGCCCUGGGAAUGUGGGUACCGCUGUUUCUUUACAGGGCUCAGGUUGUCCAGGGCAUUGUAUCACCAUGCCUCCAAGAAUCAUGCAAUUCAUCUAACAGCCUAAUAUUUGGAGGCAUCACCAUUGGGACGGGAAUCUUGGGUGUCAUUACUGGGGCAGAAGCUGCAAGAAGAUUAAGGAAGAUAAACAAUAAAGCUGAUCCUCUGAUCUGUGCCACAAGCAUGUUCGUUUCUGCUCUGUGUCUCUACAUAGCUCUGAUGGUGGCCCAGACGAACAUCCUUUCCACUUUUAUUUUUAUUGCAUUUGGAGAACUGUUUUUAUCUGUAAACUGGGCUGUUGUGACAGACAUACUGUUGUAUGUUGUGACACCAAGACGGCAGUCUACAGCUAUUGCCCUGCAGAUUUUGGUGAGCCAUUUGCUGGGAGAUGCAGGCAGCCCAUAUCUCAUUGGGAUUAUCUCCAAUGCUAUCCAGGCCAAGAAUGCUUACUCAUUCCAGUGGAGUUUCUGGAGCAUGCAGUACAGCUUUAUCGUGUGUGCUUUUGUUGGUGUCUUUGGAGGAGGUUUUUUCCUCCUGACAUCUUUCUACAUUGAGGAAGAUCGUAAAGAAGCGGAGAGGCUUUGAGGUACCAGAAAUGAAUGCUGUCUUUCAAAUGAAGAUGAACUCGGGGGCAACAUUUGCAAAGAAGAAAAGAAUGUCCUCCCCUUUUUCUUUCCUUUUUGCUUAAUGAGAUACAGCUAGAGAAAAGGCCAAAUAACAAUUCCUCCAUAUGGCAGAAAAUCCUGCAUACUGACUUUUUUGGAUGCUUUCGACUGUGAGUCAAAAAUUGCUACUGCAUUGGCAUAUGGCAACCCUCCCCCAUCUGCAAAACACACACAAGUAUUCUGUGGAGCUGGGGAGCUCCAGAAGGUAGUGUAUAGAGCUGUCACAGGCACAACUGCUAACCUAAGCAAGACAGUAGCAUUUAAGGCAGAAUGUCUCAUGGAGAUUAGGAAGGGAGGCCUAUGAAUUCUCAGCAGGAUAAUAUUUGCCUGUAGAAUUUGGAAAAUGUAGAUAGUACAAAAAGUGUUUUCAGUUGUCUGAAAUGACCAAAAGCAGAAACUAUCAAAGUCAGUGUCAGAUUCAAGAGUGGAGGGUUGUGAUCAUUUUAUAUGUAAUAUGUUAACGGCCUCUUUCUAAUCCUUUGAGGCUCUUCAGCAUAUCCUCAGGCCUUGGGUAAGUAUCUCCUCUCAUGAGUGAACAGUAGUAGCUGUAGAACCACUUAAAUAUAACUAUCCAUUUAAGCUCUUAUCUCUGAAGUGCAUAAGACUUUGGAUGCGGUAUCUGUUGUCAUAAUAUCAUGCCAGGUGCCAAACAGGACAUGAUUAGUGUAGCCAGCUUUCAUUGUUUGAUGUGGUGUAGUUCCCAGCAGCACUUUAAAGUCAAAGCCUGAGGAAGACAUUAGCAAGUGAACUGUGAAGUAUUACGAAUCUUGCCUGAUUCUCUGAGUAAAUCAUAAGGAUCAUAAAGCAAAAUAUUCCUGUAAUGACUGUGAACAUCAAAUGUUAUUAUAAAUGGAAUAAUUCAGCAACUGCAGAUUUUUGUUUCUCCCUCUACCUCCCUCAUUUAAAAAAAAAUCUGUUCUGAAACCUGACUUAAACCCAGGUAGUGAAAUUUGGGCAGAGCUUAUGCCAUUAUGAGAAAUAAUAGAGAAACUUUUUUGUGAUACUCAGUAAAAGUGUAAUAAUUGUUGUAAUAAUUAAAAUAAAAGUUGGUAUUCUGAAA